CGCUCGGCACCCGGAGGGAGGGAGGGUGAGCAAGGGCCGCCCCUCCCCCCUGGGUCCCGCCCCUCCCCUUCUCAGCUGCCCAGGGAGAGUGGAGCGUUUCUCCCUCUGGAGCGAACGGCUGAAUCGCGAGCGCGGGGGAGCGAAGCAAAAAGUGAGCCCGGGAGGCAGGGGCUGGCCAAAAAGCGGUAGUCGAGCCUGAGAGAAUGGAGAGCGGCCCGGGGGAGUAGCCCCCCCCCCUGUGCUCCAGGCUCUAAAGCCCUGUCGUUUUCCAGGGAAAUCUGAGCGUUCUCCAAAACUUCUGCCAGACAGAAACCACAUUUGACAAAAGCAGCAUAGAGUGUUGCGUUGGAUAUUGAUGCUAUCUUACCUGCACACUGUGUAGUGAGAUAUGCGUUGAACACUUACCUAGGAAAUGCAAUAACCACCCACUUGCCUAUCUGCCAAUCAAAACUGAUGCUGGUUGUGGGACAGCCCCUCCUGCCAUGAUAAAAAGGCAAGAUGUUGAAGCAGAAUUAGUAGCAGCCACAGCAACCGAAUAAGAUCAGCAUCAUGAAAAAUCCUAUGUAUGAAAUAGCAUCCCUGCUACUGGAAAAGUUUUUGCUGCUUGCCAACUUCAGACUUCUCGGUAUGGGGUCCAGUGCAGAGGAGGAAGAAAAGCAAAAACAAAUCUACUAUUAUGAUACCACCUCUUUUAAGCCAGGAGAUUUGCUGGAGGUGCCCCGCACCCUCUUCAUUCAUUUUGGCAUCUAUCUGGGUAACAACCGAGUGGCCCACUUGAUGCCAGACAUCCUGCCAGCUCUCACCAGUGAUCAGAAACAGAUCCAGAAGGUAGUGACCAACAAGAGACUCAUCUUGGGUGUCAUCACAAAAAUGGCCAGGAUCCGUGUGGACACAGUAGAAGACUUUGCCUAUGGAGGCUCUAUUCUGGUAAAUCACAUGGACAAACUCUUCAAGAACAAUGUCCUGUGCAAUGAAGAGGUGGUCUGCAGAGCAGAAAAACUAGUGGGUGCCACAGAAUACAGCUUGCUUUGGAACAACUGUGAACAUUUUGUGACCUUCUGCAGAUAUGGCUCUUCAGUCAGCUUCCAGACUGAGAAGUUCUGUGAAAUGGUGAAGAUGAUUAUUCGGGACCAGAGGAGCAUUCUUGCUUCAGCAUUCCUGGGACUGGUUUCUAUACUCUGCUUGGGUCUGGCACCUUCCACCACACUGCCUACCAUUAUUAUUCCAUUCAUUUUGUGGAUGGCAGGUUAAGAACAUAAGAAGAGCCUGCUGGCACCCCCAGAGUUUGUCAGCAGCUGUAAAUAGAGUCUAUAAUGUAUUUAUGAAAACUCAAUCUCCUUUCCAAUAUUGUGUACAGAAGAAAAAUAUGACUUCCAGUUGUGUAAUGAUUUAAAUGCAUCAUUGGCUAGAAUAUGGUGAACAAGUAAUAGCUUACUGUGUAAGCCACUGGAUUUUGUAAAAAAUAUUUCAGCAACUUUAGCAAUGGGUUCGUGGUCUUUCCUCCCAAGGAAGUGUGCAUGGGCUGCAUUCCUAAGCUCAAAAAUAAAUUCUGAUGAAAUUAAUAGGCCUAACUCCCAAGUAAAUGUGCAUAGUCUUUGAGUAUAGGUGUAAUAUGAGAAGUAUAUUUCAAAAUGUCUGUGAAAGAGGGUAACACCCUUAGCUAGAGUCCUUAGCUAGCUGAGAGGCAGCAAACUGGCAAUGAAAACAAGCUACAAGUAUUCUGCAUCCCUUCUAGUUUUACUCUGAAACCUGCUGUUUCUAAACCAAAUGCAGUGCACAAUUCCCCCUGGGAAUAAAGUAAGUCCAGAUGUGUGUUUUUUAUUGUGGCAUAUUUAAUGACUUCUAACCAGUUCACAUCUGCCAGUUCACAUCUGCUUUUUUUAGAUUUCCAGUGUUAAAUUCUGGACUUAAUAGUCUUACAGGGGACCUCUUUUUUAGAUGGCAAUGUGUAUAACUUCACUUACUUCAAAAUGCAAGAAGGAAGUUCUUUUGCAUUGGGGAACCUUCUUGUUCUGCGGAGAAGGGCCCUGGACUCCUGUCCCAAAUUCCUGCCAGUGGUUUCUAUAAUAGGGAAGUCAAUUCACCAAGUGGAUUUGUACUUAUAUUACACAAAUGCCUCCCACCAUGCUGUCUGGAUUUAAGAGUUGUUCUUGUUCUUGUUAUAAAUCAUGCCAGGGCGUUUCUGAAGUCUCGAGACUAAAGCAGUUUGCCUGGCCCAAGUGGCUAAUGAACAACAACAACAAAAGAAAUGUUCCAUGUCCUGAGGGAAGAUGAAAGGAGGCUACCUUGCUCUUUAAUCUUUUCUUGACAAUGAGACCAAUCAGCUUGGAAAUCAUAAAGCUGCUUUAUGACAGCUAAUGGCACUACUAGUGAGAAACAUGUGUCAUCCUUGCAUCCAGGGCCAGACCUGCCAUUAGAGAGGGUGAAACACCCUGUGCCAGACAACAGAUUUCAAGGUACUGUAAAAAGUGUAGCAAAUUAUUAGUUACUUUGGCUGCAGUCCUAAGCACACUUAGGCAGAAGCAAACACAGAGGGAUAAGAGCAAGAGAGAUGGUUUGCUGGAUCAGACCAAAGGUCCAUCUCGUCCAACAUUCUGUUUCCCACACUGACCAGCCAGAUGCCUCUGGGAAGCCCAUCAGCAAGACAUUAGCAGAUCAGUUUUCUCCCAUUGUUGAUACCUAGCAACCUAGAGGCUGCAUAUAGCCAUCAAGACUAUUAGUAUGUCUGAGUAACCAUGUAUACAGUUGAGCUGUAUGAUUGUUUUCUGCCUCAGGUCCCAACCUGUGUUAGACCGUUUCUGAUUAUACCAUGUGGGACAGCAGAAACCUUAAAAUUGAAUAUCCCGUCUCUAAAACAGAUGUGCUUCUGAAUAUAGUAACAUUCCUUCUCACCAUUAUACAAAACAAAACACAUGCAACCCCUUCUCACCAUAAUCAUGUACUCCUUUGUUGAUUGCUUGCAUACCUCAUGGUGUGUUUUCUUCUGCAAUGAAAAAAAAGCUUGUGUUCUGUCUGUAAUGUAUUGCAGAAUGUUUUUUAGCUCUGAUAAAACAAUAUGAUUUAAAAAACCCUCA